AUUCUGCCACCUCAAUUCACGCCUCUCUCUCCCUGUAACGUCACUCUAUCUCCUCUUCAUCCUUCGUGCUGGUCAUCAACUAACGGCAUUCAGAUCCCCCGCCACCAGCAACAACGCCAGCCCAAAUCGCCCAGCUAGCCGUGAUGAGCAUGUCAAUGGACGCCGAUUGUUCGAAGAAAUGCCCCAAAGGAACGUAGUGUCCUCAUACCCCAACGAGUUAACGAACCAUAGCCACCAGCCGAGUAAUCCAUCAAACAAUGGCCAGACAACCAUCAACUGAUCUCGAGGAGUACUCAUCAUCCUCAACCCUCAUCCCUUUUGACCGCCCAAUCCAUCUUCUCCGUGGACCCAUCCCCGCCGGCCAACCAGACGAUCCAUCUUCCGGCCGAUUCAUCCUCGCAUUCAGAGACCCACGAUCCUGGGCAUCAGCUUACAGAGCAUGCAAAGUUCAAAUCACCCAACAGUGCGAAACCGGUGCCCGAAUCGGCUGCUCCAUCGCUGCUUCAAAUAAAUGUAAAUCCCCAUGGUGGAAAACCCUAUUGGGUGUAGCGAAACAAGACUUGAAAGAAAGAGAAAUAUGCGAAGAGCGCGAAAUGGCAGCUUGUGUUGAAAAUUCGAAAGAGAAGUGUCAAGAAUUUGCGAAGGAGAAGUGUUUGCCAUCGUUUAAAGACGCGAGAAUCGCUUGGGAUAGUUCGAGGGUGAAUUGGAAGGAAGUUUACCGGUUGAUUAAAUGGGUAUCUUUGCCAGAAAAGAGUGCAGGUUUUGAGUUAUUGGGAGUAGAGGGGAAUUGGGUUGAGUUUAAACGCAUGAUUGAUUCGACAAAUUACAGAGGAAGUGAGCUUUUGGAUUCUAAUUACAUGGGUAGUGAAGAUUUUGCAGUUGGAAGUAAUCAAAAAAAUUGACAAUGGGGUGUCCAGUUCAUUAUAUUUCGGGUAUUGUGAGCAAAUUUUUUUGGAAUUUUUAGUAUGGCAUCACUGUUUAGGACUAGAAAGCUCUUUAAACAGUAAAUUUUUUACUAAUCUCUGAAAUUUUCUUUUGUUCUGUUGAAUCUAGGAUCUAAAUUAAUACCUAUGCGGCUGUAUGUGUAGGUGGGGAGAAUCUUAUAAUGUACUAUUACACAGUCGAAUGCUGUGACA